CCAUUGUAUAUAGGUGCACAACUUACGGGAUCGUUACUAGGGAGUUUGACACUGAAACUAAUGUUCCAUGUGACACCAGCAGCUUACUUUGGAACAAUUCCGUCUGAUUCAGCGGCACAAGCGCUCGCUGCUGAGAUCAUUAUCUCAUUCCUCCUUAUGUUUGUUAUCUCCGGCGUUGCCACUGAUAAUCGAGCGGUCGGAGAAUUAGCUGGAAUUGCGGUGGGGAUGACUAUAAUGUUGAACGUCUUCGUGGCUGGACCGGUUUCGGGAGCAUCGAUGAAUCCAGCAAGAAGUCUAGGACCAGCGAUAGUGAUGGGAGUGUAUGAUGGACUUUGGAUUUACAUUGUUGGUCCUCUUGUCGGAAUUAUGGCCGGAGGUUUUGUUUAUAACCUUAUAAGAUUUACGGAUAAGCCACUUAAAGAGCUUACUAGGAACGGUUCUUUUCUCCGUUCUGCUUCUCCAAAACACAAAACUUCUACUUCUAAAAGCUAAUAUUUUGUACUCUCUUGGUCAUAUAUUA